GUGCGGUGACACAGGCAAGCUUUUACAAUACAAGUCUACUGAGGCCCAGCAAGAGUAGAAGUUGCCCUAGGAAGUAAGAAUCUCUCUCUCUCUCUCUCUCUCUCUGUGUGAAGAAAGCUGUUUGUGUGCGCGACAUGGGGAGCCACCGAAAUGGCGUCGUGGGCGGGGAGCGAAGCGCCACUCCCGUGGACAAGGGCGUGGAUUUCGCCCAGUAUUUCUGCACCUAUGCCUUUCUCUUCCACCAGAAGGAGAUGCUCUCUGACCGAGUCCGCAUGAACGCGUACUUCAACUCCAUUUUCCAGAACAAGCAUCAUUUCCAAGGAAAGACUGUUUUGGAUGUGGGAGCUGGGAGUGGCAUUCUUGCAAUUUGGUCAGCGCAAGCAGGUGCGAGGAAGGUCUAUGCAGUCGAAGCAACUAAAAUGUCAGAGCAUGCACGUGCUCUUGUAAAAGCAAAUAAUUUGGAAGAUGUGGUUGAAGUGAUUGAGGGUUCCAUGGAGGAAGUCACUCUUCCAGAGAAAGUUGAUGUGAUUAUCUCGGAGUGGAUGGGAUACUUUCUUCUGCGUGAAUCUAUGUUUGAUUCGGUGAUAUGCGCCCGUGACCGCUGGCUGAAGCCAAUGGGCAUGAUGUAUCCUAGUCAUGCCCGCAUGUGGGUGGCCCCUAUCAGGUCUGGAUCAGUAGACAAAAAAAUAAACGACUAUGAGGAUGCCAUGGAUGAUUGGUACCAUUUUACAAAUGAGACAAAAAGUAAAUAUGGGGUUGAUAUGAGUGUUCUUAAAAAGUCUUUUUCAGAGGAGCAGAGGAAAUACUAUCUUCAGACCUCAUUGUGGAGCAAUCUUCAUCCACAUCAAGUUAUUGGGACAGCUGCUGUAGUAAAGGAGAUUGAUUGUUUAACUGUGACUGUGAAUGACAUCCUUGAAGUCAGAUCAAACCUUUCAUCAUCCAUAACUCUGGAGAACACAAGGCUCUGUGGGUUUGGGGGAUGGUUUGAUGUUCAUUUUCGAGGAAGAAAGGAGGACCCAGCUCAACAGGAAAUUGAGUUGACAACUGCUCCUAGCAUUGAUAAUGGGACACACUGGGGCCAACAGGUUUUCCUCAUGCAUCCUCCAAUUCGUGUCAGUGAAGGGGACGGCUUAAAUGUUUCUUUCUUAAUGAAACGUUCUAUGGAAAAUCAUAGACUCCUGGAGGUUGAGCUUGGCUGUGAAAUCAGGCAGUGUUCUGGCACGAUCCUUCCUUCUUUCAAUAAGAAGUUUUACAUAGAGUAAGAAAGAAGACAGAUCACAUAUUUUUGAUCAAAUAUAAACGAAGGUACAUGCACAAUGUGCUUAGAUUGCCAUUUGCCCUAGAUUGAUCUGGUUCUUCUGGCCAUAAUAGGCAUCCUUGGGCUUUAACUUACUGAUGAAUUUCUGGAAAACAAUGAUUCAGCAUUCAAGUGGAGGAAUGACCCAAAUUUGGGAGUCUCA